GGGGACGUGCCCAGAGUGGACAAAUCAUGCUAAUUGUCUUGGUGAGAAACAGAGCGUUAGACCCAAGAUGAAGGCAGAGAGGGAGGAUCUCUCCAAAGCCAUAGCCGCUCCUCAACUUUUGCUGCUCUGGUGUCUUCUUGUCUCACCUCAGUCAGGACGUGUCAAGGGAGUCAACAUCACCAGCCCUGGCUCUCUGAUCCGGGGCACGUUGGGCGGGGAGGCACUCCUCUCUGUUCGUUACAGCAGCUCCAGCCCCGACGCGCCAGUCAUCAAGUGGCAGCUGAAGAGGGACGACAAGCCCGUCACCGUGGUCCAGUCCAUUGGCACCGAGAUCAUUGGCAACCUGAGGCCCGAGUACCGGGACCGCAUCCUGGUGUUUGAGAAUGGCACCCUCCUACUCCACAACCUCAAACUCUCUGAUGAGGGCACCUAUGAAGUGGAGAUCUCCAUCACGGAUGAUACCUUCACCGGAGAGGGGAGUAUCGACCUGACUGUGGAUGAGCCCAUAUCCAGACCUUACGUCCACAUGGAGGCGUCCUCAGUACUGGAGCUCAGCGAGCACUUCACCCUCAACUGCUCCCAUGACAACGGAACCAAUGCCAAGUACAGCUGGCAGAAAGGAGGGAAACUGUUGACCAAUGAGACCCGUCUGCAGCUGUCACCUGACCAGAAGCUCUUGACCAUUGUGCGGGUGCUGAUGGUGGAUGAUGACAUCUACGGAUGCGCGGUCGAGAACCCUAUUGGGAGCAUGAAGAGCCUGCCCAUCAAACUCACUGUCUACAGGAGGAGUUCCCUCUACAUCAUUCUCUCCACCGGGGGUAUUUUCCUCCUUAUCACCUUGGUUACGGUGUGCGCCUGCUGGGGGCCGUCCAAGAAAGAGCGGCAGAAACAGCAAAUGAAGCCCAGAGGUUUGGCAGGACUGCCAAGGCAUUUAAUAGAACACCCUGAUUAUUCCCCAAUCAAUCAUGCAGUUGACGUUGUACCAAAAAUGAUGACUGAACAUGAACGCAAGAAUCCAGUGGCACUCUACAUCCUCAAAGAGGAUUUCCCUCAGGGCCACCAUGACUCACCCGGCAACAUGGGCCUUGGCCCCUCCUCUGAACCACCCAGCAGCCCCCCCGGCUACAGCAGCUCCCUGACUCCCUCCUCACGCUCCCCUGAACCCCCCGCCCACUCCUCUCGCAGGUACCCCCGCACCCCGAUCAGCUCCCCCCCUUCACAUCACAACAAGGUGCAGAGCAAGUCCUCCACCCCCUCCCCACCCCGCACUCGAUGCUCCGGGCACAUGUUUGGCUCCCCAGUGGGCAUACCGCCUGCCAGUCAGUUGGAAGAGCCCACCCCCACACUGGAGAGCAACGGUACCACUCAGCCUUGAUUGUCUAUCUACAAGUCCUGGAGGGAUGAAGUGUGUGCAUACUUAUGUUUCAGCCCAGCAAUAAGACAUCUGGUCUAAAUUGAAAACCUUGACUAGUUGAAAAAGGAUUGUAUUCAUUAGGCACAAAACGGAACAAAAUGGCCUGAAACAGUGAUGGACUAACUGGAAUUUUCCAAAAGAAACAUUCAUUUUCUUUUUUCUUUGUAAAAAGUUAUUUUGAAUGCCAUGGCUGGGCCAGAAAAAAAGCUGGCACAGUGUGUCUCCUGUUGUCUACCCCUGGUCAACAUGUUCUUCCCCCCUCCAUGCCUUGGUGCUGUAGAGAGACAUGUAUCUGUGUGUUUACAUGGUGACUGUAUGUAUAUAUGUAAAUAGAUUUUAUAUGAAGUUAUAGUGCAGUAAUGUUUGUCUCAGAACCCAACACAGCACUUAAUCAUCUCAAUAUGUUUGUAAAUACACUGUCAUCCUCCACAACUGUAUGAGUCAGGUUUAGGUUUUAAGUUAUGACACGUUAGUGAGCCGAUUAUUUUUUCUUCAAUUAUAUUAUGUCCUAUUCAUAAGACCUGUUCAAAUGUAUAAAACCUCUCUUUAAAGAUACCCAUUUAUUCAUAUGUUGGUACAUGUUGUAUUGUGUGGAUGUUUGUAAUUUAACUAAUCAUUUUCUUUGUUAUUGGGUAUCAUAGCUGAAUAAUCAUUCAAUGUUUUUCCUUUGUAUAGAUUCAUAGAAUUAUUAUGAAAAUCAAAGGAUACAUUGUACAUAUCAGUAGAGAUGUUUAUUAAAGGCAUGAUGAGGAGGAAAUAUUGGUUGUCAUUUAUACAUUUGUUUCACUCAAAGUGAAACUUUAGUGAAUGUUUGAAUGUUUCAAACACUUUAUCCUCAAUAUUGUCAAUUUGCAUCUUCAGGUGAGCAUGCAUUU